UCAUUAAAAUGUCAACUUCGUAAACAUUAUUCUUUAACAUUAAUAUUUUCGUAAAAGAAUAUAAUUUUGUAAUCUAAAUAAAAAUCUGUAAUAACCACAAUAAAAUGAUUUUUUUAUCAACUCUGUGUUUGCUGCGUUACGGCACCGUUAAGGUCUGGAUUUCCUCUUGCUGUCGGCAACUUCCUACUUUAUCGGUAUAUCAUGAUAAACGAUAUCGAAAUCAUUAUUUCAAAACAUGUCCUAAAAAUCCAGCGACAAUUCUAAAUUUAUACACGCAGGUUCGCUUUAAAAAGGAUUAUCCACGCCUCCAUCGCGACACGGAUUUUCCCAAUUUUGAUUACUAUAGAAAAGAUCAGUUUAAAGACAUCAAUAGAACGUCGUGGAAUUCGGGAUACUCAAAACAAGGUAUCACAAAUGUAAUUGGAUUUAUUGGGUCGAUGUGUGCAAUGUACGGUUUAAAAAGCGAACUGACUCAUUUUAUGACAUUCAUGUCUGCCCCAGCUGACGUCCUUGCCCUUGCUACUAUAGAAGUGGAUAUAUCAGGCAUUGCUCCAGGAAUGUGUUCUUCAUACAAAUGGCGAGGAAAGCCAUUAUUUGUUAAACACAGGACUAAUAAUGAAAUAAGUAUCGAGGCCAACACUUCAUUCUCUUUACUUAAAGAUCCUCAAACACCAGAACAACGGAUGAUAAAGCCACAGUGGUUGAUAGUUAUAGGGAUAUGCACACAUUUAGGAUGUAUUCCUAUUCCAAACAGUGGUGAUUACGUUGGAGGGUUUUACUGUCCCUGCCAUGGAAGUCACUAUGAUAAUGCAGGGCGAGCUCGAAAAGGUCCAGCACCUACUAAUUUAGAAGUACCUUCUCAUAGGUUUCUAUCUGACAAUGUGAUUUUAGUCGGAGAGUAGGUAGUUCAAGGAUAUAUUGAAAUUGUUUAAUGAGUAUAAUAAAAUAAUUUGAAAUGGUA